AUGGAUUUAGAUAGUAAAGCCUAUUCCAAGUUAAUUCAUGCACACAAUAGUGUUGGAGGCUCUGAAGAAUAUAUAAGAAUUAUUGUUGCAAUAUUGCCUUUAAGAAGGGAAUUUCAGAUCUGGCAAUAUAAACAAUACAUAUUACAAGAAAAGGCUAAAAUUAAUCGUCUUCAGCUAGAGCUUUCAUCCCAAUCUACUCCACAUUCAGAAAAGGAUAAAUUGGCAUCGGUAUCAUAUGAUUAUGACGGCAUCCAAACUGGCAACCAAAGAGGUACAGAAUGGCAAAAACUUCAUCAUAAAACUUAG